UUGAUUUUUUAACAGUUGGUUUGUCGUUCCUUUUUUCAGUUGAAGAUAUGGAGAAAUUUUUGAUAAAUUUGAAAAGAAAAGCUCCAUCAUCACCUCCUCCAUCAUCACCUCCCCCAUCAUCAUCUCAGAGUGAUUUAGAUGAUCUAGAUAAUUUACCAUGGGAUCCUGCUGAUCGGAAAAGAAUAUCAGAAUAUAAUGCGAAUCAAAAGAAUGAGGUAAUCAGAAAAUAUUUGAUGAGAGGUCCUUGUCAACCUCGUGGUCAUAUUUUCAAACAAUCAAUGAAAGGAGGCGUGCUAAGACGCUUUAAUCCUGCUUGGUUUGAUCAGUUUCCAAAUUGGUUAGAAUACAGUGUGAAGAAAGAUGCAGCUUUUUGUCUAUAUUGUUACUUGUUCAGAGACAAUGCUGGUAAAGGUGGAAGAAAUGAUGCAUGGACCAUUGACGGUUUUUCUAGCUGGAAUAAAGCUAAAAAUAUUUCAGAGCAUGUAGGAGCUGUUAACAGUUUUCACAACAAUGCAGCAAUGAAGUGUGAAAACUUGAUGAAGCAAGGUCAGUCUAUCAAGCAUGCUUUUCAUAAACAAGAUGAUAUCACGAAAAAUGAGUAUCGCAUUCGAUUAAAUGCUUCUAUUGAUGCUUCAAGAUUCUUGUUGCGCCAAGGGUUACCUUUUCGUGGGCAUGAAGAGAAAGACGAAACUGCUAAUAAUGGUAACUUUGUUGAACUCUUGAAAUACACUGCCGAGCAAAAUGAAGAUGUGAGUAAGGUUGUUUUAAGAAAUGCUCCUGGAAACAAUCAGAUGACUUCUCCAAAGAUUCAGAAAGAUAUUGUCCAGUGUUUUGCAGAAGAGCUAAUCAAAAGCAUUAUUGAUGAAAUUGAUCAUGAUGUAUUUGGUUUGUUGGUGGAUGAGUCUGCUGAUGUUUCUUAUAAAGAACAAAUGGCAGUUGUGUUUCGGUAUGUGGACAAGAGUGGGAUAGUCAAAGAGAGAUUUAUAAGUCUUACUCAUGUAAGUGAUACAUCUUCAUCAUCUUUGAAAUCUGCAAUUGAUUCUUUGUUUGCUAAGUAUGGAUUAAGCAUUACAAAGGUGAGAGGGCAAGGUUAUGAUGGUGCAAGUAACAUGAAGGGUGAGUUCAAUGGGCUAAGGUCAUUAAUCUCAAAGGAAAGCACAUCAGCAUAUUAUGUUCAUUGCUUUGCUCAUCAGCUUCAGUUAGUUGUUGUGGCAGUUGCCAAAAAGCAUUUUGAUGUUGGAAACUUCUUUGAUAUGAUUUCUCUGCUACUGAAUGUGGUGGGAGCUUCAUGUAAGAGGAAAGAUGCGUUCAGAGAGAAUCACAAAGAAACGAUUGAGAAAGAAGUUAAUGAUGGAGAACGCAAAACUGGAAAAGGGUUAAAUCAAGAUGUUUCUGUUCAAAGACCAGGGAUGACUUGUUGGGGCUCUCACUAUAGAACUUUGCUGCGUGUGGUUGAGUGUUUUUCUUCUAUCGUUAAAGUGCUUGCAUGUGUUGAGAAGGAUGGCGCAUAUGACUCAAAAAGACGUCAAGCAUAUGGUCUCCUCAGUUAUGUGGAUAGCUUUGAUUUUGUGUUCUAUUUGCAAGUGAUGGUUCACCUUUUAGGAGUCACAAAUAGUUUGUCAUUGGCCCUUCAAAACAGAGAUCAAGAUAUUUUGAACGCAAUGUCCUUAGUAGCAUCAACGAAAAGACAGUUGCAGAAGUUUUGAGAUGAUGGAUGGA